AUGUCGGCGAGCCCCAGGAAGCGCAGCCGGGCCGAGCCCGCCGAGGACACAAAGGCCGAGUGCCCGUUUGAGGUGAAAUACGAGAGCGAGGACGUCAAGACAAAGGCGCGCAAGGCGGCCAAGAGGCGGAAGCAGGCACAGCAGCUGGGCGGCGCGGGCGGCGCCGACGCCGACGAGGACGAGAUUGCCAAGGUCCAGCCCUCGCCCUUUACGCCGUCCGGCUCGUUCAAGAAUGACGAGAACAUGGAUCUCCGCUACUGGGUCGAGCCGCGGGACAAGUGGAUGGCCAUGACGAGAUAUAACAGCUUUGUUUUAAACUCGGCCAAGUACUUCAGCGAGGGCUUCAUCUACAUCUCCAACGGCAUGGCGUCGCCGACGAACAACCAGGUCAAGGUGGACGAGAACGGCGUGCGGCAGAGGAUGCCCAACGAGUGGGUCGGCCGCAUCCUGGAGAUCCGCGCGGCGGACGAGCACCACGUCUACGCGCGCAUCUACUGGAUGUACUGGCCCGAGGAGCUGCCGGUGCAGACCAAGGACGACGGCAAGUUUGUGGCGCGCGCGGGCCGCCAGCCGUACCACGGCGUCAACGAGCUCAUCGCGUCCAACCACAUGGACGUGAUCAACGUCGUCAGCGUCACGGCCGAGGCCAAGGUCAAGCAGUGGUUCGAGGAGAACGACGACGAGAUCCAAGACGGCCUCUACUGGCGACAAGCGCUCGACGUUCGCACCCUCAGCCUCUCGUCUGUGCAUCGGACCUGCAAGUGCAAGCAGCCCGCGAAUCCCGACAAGACGCUCGUCGCGUGCUCCCAGCCCAACUGCAGCACGUGGCUCCACGACGAAUGCCUCAAACACGACGCCCUCAUGCGGACCUUUGCGGCCCUUGGCACCGACCAACCCUAUAUUGCGCCGCCGCCGCCGCCGCCGCCACCGGCCGCAGCGGAGAAUGGCGAGACGGACGGCAGCAAGCUGGACCAGGAGACGGGCCGGCCGCUGAGCCCCCCAGAUAACGGCGUCGAGGUGCAGCAGUCGAUCGACGCCAAGCCGGGCGCGUCGCCCGAGGCGGAGGCAGCGGCCAAGGAGCGGCUCUCGACGCCGCGGGGCAGCAGCGCGCGCGGGGUCGGCUGCGCUCAGGGGACGCCGACGGUGGGCACCAUCACGGCGGCGCCGGGCUCGCUGCGCAAGACCAAGGUGCCCAAGCGCGGCAAGGCCAGCGCGGCCAGGCCGUACGAGGGUCUGUUCGAGGCGACGCUCAAGGUGGCGGAGAAUGUCGUCGAGAUACGGGACCUGCGGGCCAAUGUCACGGGCGGCGUCAAGGUGUGGACGGAGCCGCUGGUGUGCCUCGUCUGCCACACGACCAUCAGCUAA